AUGGAGAUCAAGAUGCCAAUGCCCGUCAGCCCACAAAACAAGCUUUUUGCAAGACUCUUUGAGGUGCCACCUUCUGAUGGAUGGUCGGAACGGCUGCUGCUCCUUUACUUGAUCCUUCUCUUCUCAAGGACUCUGUGUGAUGCUCGCUGUUACUUUAGACCAGCCAGCAAAUACGGGUGCCUUUCGAACAGAAACCUCUAUGUUUUCGGCGCGGUGUGGAAGACGGACGAUUGUUACCAAUGCAGGUGUAAGAUGACUGCGAUGAUUUGCUGCAGCUUGGUUGUAAUCCCCAAGAACUAUGACAGGGUGAACUGCGUUGGCCUAUUCCACAAGAAGAGCUGUUCCAUCCGAGUGGUGAAGAAGACUAAUCCUGACGUAACCUGCAAAGUCUACAAUGGAAUUGGUUAA